AAAAUGAAAGGCCGAAUAAGUUUGCUGCUAUGUAUGUCAGUAGCACUGCUCCAUUUAGCAAUAAUGCUACAAACCACAUCAGCAACCCCUUGAAAGGCAUUAGUGCUUGAAGCUGGAGGAGAUAGAGGAGCCUACCAAGCUGGAGCAUUGAAAGGACUUUACGAAGGAUUAGGCAGUGAAGGAAUUGAUUAUGAUGUCGUUUCAGGAGUUUCCAUAGGCUCAAUUAACACUAUUGCCUACUCUAUUUUCCCCUCAGGAGAAGAAAAAGAAGCAACUGAUUGGAUGAUUGAAUUUUGGGAGGGCAUCACUAGAGAGAAUGUGUUUGUGAAUUGGCCAUACUCUGUCCCAGAAGGACUAUUCUACCAAAAAGGAUUGUUUAAUACCUCAGUCUUCAUUGAUUAUGUCAAAGAGAUCGCUCCAAGACAAGAAAUCUUCAGGAAGGUGACGCUAGGAGCAACUGAUUUAAAAUCUGGAAAAUUUGUGAGAUUUACUGAAGAAUUAGGUUUCGAAGAUCUUGCUUUUAAAGGGGCAAAAGGGUCAUCAGCUAUUCCUGGUAUCUUCCCAGCUGUUGAUUUCAUGAACAUGACUCUUGUUGAUGGAGGAGUAGAAAAUUACCUUGAUGUUGCAGGUGCCAUCGAUAGAUGCAUGGAAAUAGCCGAUACUGACGAAGAAAUCACUAUCGAUGUGAUUAUGUGUAAUGGAGAUACUCUAGAUAUCGUCGACACCUCAGAUUAUAACACAAUAGACGUUGUAAUGAGGUAUCGAAAAGUAACGAAGUAUCGUGAAGAAAUGAGAUGGAUUAAUGACGCACUUGUGACCUUCCCUCGUGUAAAUUUCAGAUACUUGGUGAUCCCAGAGAAGCCACUAAAAGGAGUUCCUAUUCUCUUUAAUAAGAAACAUACUAGGAGGAUGAUAAAUCUUGGAAGAGAAGAUGCAUGGAAAGCAAUUGAAAAGGGACCUUACACUCAAUUCGAUAAGAUUAAAGAAACAAUGGAAGCAAUUCAGUCAUAAAGAAAAUUUGAAUUCAUCUCCAUAAUUAUGGAAGUGAUUUUUCUCUAAUUUCAACCAACCAAAAUUUG